UUACGUUCUUAUUUUGCAUGGUGCGUGUCGUGUAGAAUGGAAUUGCCAAUUGCCUGAUGACGAUCCCUGAAGGACUCUUCGCAGAAGCCCACAUGACUUCUUUGAACAGCCUUCUUAUAGAGCAGCGUGUGGUAAGUCGUUCAUGGCUUUCGUUGUGCUGCUAAUGUGCAUCGUAGGUCACAAAUAUCAUUACCCAAAACGAGCACAAGGAACAAUUUUCGAAGUUGUGACCCUCGCCUCGCCUAUCGGUGUAACAUUUGGAGCACCUGUCGUCGCAUUUGAAGUUUCCUCCGAGAAAAUGGCUGCGACACGUUUGCAUCUGCUUUCUCCACCCUCGACACAACACAUCAUCUACGUCUUCCACACAGCUGAUCCUAUCCCAACGGGCGUCUGCACCAGUGUUGCAUUAUCUUGUGGCAUCACAAGCUAUACCAUGGAGACACUGCCAUUUGGGCAAGGUCAUCCGCUACGAUACCUUCAUUUGCCUCGGGUGGUCUGUUAAUAUACGAACGCACUCGAUUGUUCAAAUAAUUGAUGAUUGGACUCAGGAAGGGCAGGACGG